AUGACAGAACACUCUUUUACAUCAACACUAACUAUUUUCAUUUUGUUGGUGUUUUUAAAAGGAUGUUUUUCUUUGGAUUUUAGCUACGAAGGGUGUGCCCCGAAACACUGUGGUGAUGGUAAGAGUGUAAGCUUUCCGUUUUACAUCGAUGGGUUACAAGAUCCUAAUUGUGGAUACCCUGGUUUCCAGCUGAGUUGUAACAAAAAUGGGUCAUCAGUUUUUCAGAUAUCUGGAAAUAACGACUACUUAGUUGAGCAUAUUGACUAUGACAACCAUACUAUGCGAUUGCUGAAUUCCCAAAUCAUAUCAUGCCCUUCGGCCAUCACAAACUUAACCUUUAAUCAAAACCUCUUCACAAUCUAUUCAUUUUGGGAGCUUGAACUUGUCUUUCUUAGCAACUGUUCUAAAGAGCUGCCCAAGAAUCUUACAGGAUAUAAGAUUAAUGGAACAUUUUGUGAUCCAGUCCACAUUGAUGAUCAGUUGGUUAUGAUUCGUUCUGACCCGAAUGUUAAAAUUGGAAAAGAAGUUUGUAGUAAUUUGGUUAUGGCACCCGCGGAACUGGAAGAUGGAGAAGUGGAGGUGAACGGCACAAAUUAUAGAGAGGUGAUGAAGGGAGGGUUUACAAGGAAUUGGCAUGCACCCAAUUGUUCCCGCUGUCAGCAGAGUGGUGGGAGGUGUGGAUAUAUAUCUAAUAUAUCUCAGCUCACGUGUCUCUGCCCCGAUGAUCAUAGCUCCAAAGACAAUUCAUGUGUAUACGCCUCUUUCCAUCCAUCAGGAACGACACGAACAAGUAAAACACACAUGGCUGUUAUCACCGGUAAUUACAGUAAUAUUUACCAAAACUUGUCUUUUGUCCCUUUUAAGUAA